AGAUCAGACAGUUGACAUAUGUGCUGAAAUGUUGCUAGAACAAAAAUAUUUUAAAGCCACCUAUUGAAAGGAAGACUUUUUUGGCCUUAUUUUGGAGGCCCUGUUGGACCCAAAACAAGUCUUUGGUUUGAAGAUUUGCUUUCUCUUUGGUUGUCAUUGUCAAUCAAAUCAAUAACAAAAAAAUUGCUCUCGCUUUCUAUGUGUGCUUCUCUGGGUAGGCUUGAGUUGUUUUGGUCGUUUUUUUAAUUUAAGAUGACUGUUCGUAUUGAUUAAACUAUCAAUUUUACGUGAAUUUACUUAUUCUGUGUCCUGCAUUGAUGAUAAAAAAUUACAAGCAAGUUCAAUUAUGAAUAUUUCUAUUGAAAGAAAAAGAUCUGACUGUUCCGCACUUCCUAAAGGAUGGCAAAGGGAAGAAGUGUUGAGAAAAACUGGACUUACUGCUGGAAAAGUUGAUGUUUAUUAUUACAGCCCUACAGGUAAAAAGUUCCGCAGUAAACCCGAGCUAGUUCGUUAUCUCGGUGAUAGUAUGGACCUGUCGUGUUUCGACUUCCAUCAGGGUCAAAUAAACACAAUGUUGCUGUGCAAGGCCAAGAAAGCACGGGCUCAGUUCGAUUACAGGGGUGUUCGAUCCGACGCAUCACUUGUGCCACCUAUACGACAAACCGCGUCGAUUUUCAAGCAACCCGUGACAGUGUACAAGACGCAGGAGAGCAAGGUGAAGACUGACCAGAAACACGAGCGCACCGGUGAUAAGCAGGAGAAACCAAAGCAGUUGUUUUGGGAAAAGAGACUUGAGGGUCUUACGGCAUGCGAUGCAAACGGCGUGAUCGGGACAACAUCCCUCCCGAAGUACAUCAAGCCCCUGGGACCGUACAAUUCAGAUGCAACGACCAUUCAGUCUCUUGCGACUGCCUUACAUGUUUCAUCGCAGCCAAUAACUGGACAAAACGGGUCAAAACAGGCAAUCAUGGAGAAUCCCGGCGUUUUUUUAAACCCUGAGCAGCCGCUGAUUGCCGCGGUGACCAUCACGAAGGAGGACGUGCGGCGGCAGGAGGAGCGUGUGAAACGCGCGCGAAUCCGCCUGCAGGAGGCAUUGGCGGUCGCGUAGCAGUGCGACGGCGGGCCCGAGCCGGGCUCCGCCCCGUCGCCGCCGCGCGAGCCCGACUCCACGCAGCCGGACUCCACGCAGCACUCGCCCAGACACGACCUCGACUCUAACGCCGACAAUGAUAACGAAUGUGUGCUCGAAUCUCUAUAGGUGGCUUUUAUAAUUCUAAAGACAUCGGAAUUUUCGAAAUGGAAAUUCUAUAUUAAACUUGAAAUUAAAUGAUCUAUUUUGUCGUUUGCAUCGCAGGCAAUUGUAUAAUAGAUACCUACUACUUGUAGAUUUUAAUACAUGAUUUAAUGCAAAUUAUUUUUUUUGUAAUUAUGACCCAAAUUUAUCAUGGGGGUCUUUAUACUUGUUUUUUCGUCGUACGAGUGAACUGCGUGUUGUCAUCCAUAUUUAAAAAUAAGUAAGCUAAGCUUGUAAUUUGUAUCUAUUCAUAAUAAAACACAUUAUUUUAUUGA